AUGGAAAGAAAUGCAAAGAUACGCCAAGAGAUCAAAGACAUGGAUGCGAAGGAAACUGAAAGGAAGAAGAAACAAGAACAACGGAGAAUGGAAAAGAAUCGGUCAAAAGACGGUUCGGAAUCAUCUACUUCUCAACCAGAACGUUCGGAAGCUGUGAUUGAACUGAUUAAACUAGUAGAAAGAGAAGCGAUGAGACUCCAGAUAAUCAAAGACGAGGAGGCGAAAGCAAACAAGGCACAAAUUAAAGAGCGAGUGCGUAUCUAUGGAUUUGGAAACGCUAUUCCAGAUGAUGCUGAAAAACGUGCAUUCUCACCAGCAGCCAGAGCCCCACCAGCAGCAACUUCCUCACUAACAGACCCAACUCCCUUGAAACUACCCAGACCGGUGAUUGAUUAUAUGGAACAGGCUCGUCAAAAACAAGCAGCAAGAGUAAUGAAAAUGUUUGAACUAUUAGAAAGAGAAACGAUGAGACGCCAGGGAAUCAAAUACAUGGAUUCGAGGGAAGCUGAAAGGAAGAAAAGAAAAUAUUCGGAAGCUGUGAUUGAAAUGAUUGAACUAUUAGACAGAGAAGCGAUGAGACGCCUGGAGAUCAAAUACAUGGAUGCGAGGGAAGCUGAAAGGAAGAAGAAACAAGAACAACGCAAGAAAAAGACUGCUGUGAAGAACAAGAAACAGGAGGAAAAGAAAGCUCGUGACGGUACUCCAGAUGGUCAGCAAAAAGCGCAGGAGACAAGGGAUGGAGAUCUUCGAGAAAAAAAACUCGAUCAAGUUGCUCCGUCAACUGAACAACAGAGUCUUUCAAAGUUUCAAAUGGCCGUUCGAAAAAGCUUGGCAGAAGAUGAUUUCAUACAGAUGACAAUUGAUGUGUUGCAUCCAGUGCCUAGAAAAGAACGUUGGGAGUUUCGAAAAGCAUUGGAAUUGAUUCGAGAUCUCUCAGCAAAAAGGCUUUACGAGUUGCAAAAAAUAGAUAUACAGAUAGUGCUCGAGAGGUUACCAGAGACUGAAUUCGAGGAACUGAACGUUGUGGGAGCUAGAAAAGAAAUAAAAAAAGAAGAGCCUCCAUCUCCAUAUUAUUUACUUAGGAUGACGCAUGAAAGAAUGUUACAAGAGGCAAGAGUUGCUGCUAUUGCGUGUCAAAAUCCCCUCGUGGAUCCUAACUUGAAACCACCAGAACCGGUGAUUGAUAAUGUGGAACAGGCUCGUCAAAGAAUGGCAGCAAGCUAUCAGAUACUGGCUGAACUGGAAAAAGAAGCGAAAAGACGCCAAGAAAUCAAAGACGAGGAGGCGAAAGAACCAGCAUCCCCACCAGCAGCCGGAGCCCAUCAGCAAAAGUCUCUCUACUAA